CGCAAACAAACAAACGAGGCACGUUCCACAAUGAAGAUCAAACUCUGAUCCGCUAGAUUCACAUCAACAGAUACUUCAGUUGCAUAAUACUAGAUUUUUUGAGCUUUUAUGUGGGUUAAAGGUCGGACCUACAUUACCUACAUUAGCUGUUAGGUGCAGGUCUUUCCACACAUGCACACACGUCUUUAAAAUCAGAGGAAUGUGACGGCUGGAGCAGCAGAGGAAAGUAAGUGCUGUCAGGAUGUGAAUUAAAACAACUUUUUUCACACUUUAAACCAGGAUUACCAUAAAGAAACUGGACAGAUGGCAGAUUGAGAAGAAUGCGUAGCUGCACAUCUUCCUUUGUGACCGAUUAAAAGACUCUAAGCUCCUGUUGAUCACAUGCAGGCGCUCCUCUGUUGUUCAGCAUAUGGUGCCCUCCGUACACCCGGAAACAAGCUUUACCCCAGUUACCCCCGAGCAGACUGUAAAUUAAUUAGUGAAGCGUGCUUGUUUUAUGUUAUGCAUCCCAAUAUGCAAUAGUGGAUGGCAGUAGGCUAAUUCUGUAUAAUCUGUUAUACAUUAUUUUAAUUUAUUUUCUAGUAUAUUAUUUAAUUAUUAAAUGAAUGUUUAUUGUAUAACAUUUUAUAAUAUUUCAUGCUUCAAUGGUUCUAUAUAUAUUGUUUUCUCAUUGUUGCUCAGGAAAGUUAAAAUGGUGGAUAUUGUAAUGCAUACAAUGCCUGCAGAAAGUGAAGUACAUGUGGCCGGAAACUUUCUCACCAAGAUUUUAAGAAGUUCUAUGAGGUAUCGUGCAGAUGUUGGCCUCUGUCUCGUGACCCCAGCCGUGCAUGACCCUGUAGACCCGAGUAUCACAUCCUUUGCCAUGUGGUGUGUUAGCUGUAGGUGUGCUGUUCACGUGCAAGAUGGGGAUUACAUGUUUAAGCUGAUUAUCGUGUUUCAUUUUCACUGGCUUCUGUAGAACCUGUGAGCGUCAGUGCAGCAUCUUCAGUGUUUUCUGUUGUCUUGUUGAUGAAUGUUGAUUAUAUGUCAAAAAUAAACUGCUUGUGUUUAUUGUGUUUAUCUGAUUGUCCCUCUCCUUUUGGUCCUCACAUGCAUUUCAGGAAAAACCACUUCAAAGGGAGGAAUGAAUCAUCAUGUAGACGCCAUUCGUUGCACUGCGCUAAAUCUACAGAUAACCCCACCAUCUACACCCCCAAAUCUGGACCUAACCCUGUACCUGACCCCACUUCGGAGACGAAAUAUGAUGCAGGGUCACCCUCAAAAGACUUCACCAGCUGUUGGGGACUGACCAAUCUGCGACAAGUAUCCUGCCAGUUAAGCUCUAUUGGAAAUAUGGAAAGUGUAGCGCCCUCAUCUCACUCUUUAUCUAAAGAGCACCCUUUAUCGAGCAAAUCCACUGGUGGAGUAGAUCACCCAGUGCUUGAGAGUGUCAACAGCAAACCAACUUCUGCAUGUAACCCAUUUUUAUCAGGCACAGCUGACCAUAGUGCACCUCGGGCAAGCACAGAGGGGAUGUUUUAUAAAGGCAUUCCCAGUAAUCUAGGAGUUCCCAGUGACUUUCAUAGAUGCCUACAGAUCCCAAUUGGCAAUGGUGGACGAGUGAGUCCUAACGUGGAGGAGCAAGCCAGCUUCAAAUUGUCCUCCAAUGGGAAAUCCAACCAUAGACCUGUGUGGCAUAUUCCUGAGAACAAGAUGUCCACUACUCAAGCUCCUUCUCCACCCUUGCGUAGUGAUAGUUUCACUGCCACCAGAGUUCAUGAGAAGAGCUUAGUGGGAUCAUUCCCUGAAGGACUUUCUGUUCAUCCGUCAAAGAAACCUUACUGCCAAGCUGUGGACGGGCAUGAAGCGAGACUCGGCUACAAUCCACCUCCAAAAAAGGACUUUCUUCAGCCGUAUCUUUUGGUUAAGGACUACCCUAAUGAGUUAAUCCCUACCAAACUCUUUUCCAAUUCAAGCACUGAUGUUAAACAAGGCCAGAAUCCAUUUACAUAUGAACUUCAGCAUCAGAGACAGAACAGGGAUGAUAGAACCUUUUCUGCCUACCCCAAAUAUGCAUGUUCCCCAAAGACCCAAAGUGUUGGGAGCUACUACCAAAGUCUUCAAGAUUUGCCCACCAACACUGGUAGGCGAAACCAAACCAGAACCUCCAUGGCCUUUGAACCAAACCAUGAGGGCCAGGCUCAUUUCCGUUACUACUGCAUCACUGCCCAGCAGCCUUACUUGGAAUCACCUAUGCAGGGUUGGUUGGGAGAUGAACGGAGGUCUAAAAUGGGAACCUCCCAAGGUGCCACAAACAGAACCUUUGUUGGUUCUCAAAAGGUUGUGAAGACAGAGUAUACCCAGCCGUACCUCAAGGUAUGUGAGAGCAAGAACUCCAAUGGUUACAGCAAAGAUGCCAUCAGUCCUCCUUUAUCUCAAGCCAUGUCCCCUGUAACAAACCAUCUGAUUUCAAAGUCCAGCUCCGGGGAAAGAGAAACUCCAAUGAAGAAAGAGGGAGUUAAGCUGCAGUCUUCUAGGCAUGUACCAAAUUUACAGAUGGAGCAGAAGAACUCUGUGUCCACUUACCAACAGGACAAUCCAUGGAUCAUCAAGCAGGAUCACAAUAUCUGUCCACACAAGACACCCAAGUUGCACUCUUUUGUCCAGGAGGGCAAGAAGAUGGAAGAAAAAUCUGUAACAUCCAAAGGAGGUGGUCAAAAGUCAAGUGAAGCAAUCUGUGACAAACAGGGAAGACAGAGUGACCGCUAUGCCACAACUCUACGCAACAAGAUCCAACAGAAGAAAGCCCAGCUUCAGAAAAGCAGAAGUGCCACUACCUUGACCUGUUCAAGUGAAGUUGAGGAGGACUCUGACAUCUGGAAGUCCAAUGAGACCUCCACAUCAUCAUCUGAUGGUUCCUUCUCCAACACCUACAAGGAUCAUCUAAAGGAAGCCCAAACCAAAGUUCUGAAGGCCACCUCUUUUAUGAGGAGGGACCUGGAGCUUCCUGGGAACGAAGUAGUGCCGGGUCAACUUACCAAAAAAACUGGGCCUGUUCAAGGGCAAGUCACCCACAUUGGGGGGCGUAAAAGGUUUCCAAUGAAUAAAAAGAUGUAUUCCUUCUCUGAACCCAACAAGAUCAAUGAAGUAGGAGUUGAGGAUAAGGCAGCCGGGUCCUUUGUGGACCGACAUAACUUCUUUGAAGGUUCCUGCAAACCAGUUCUCCAAAAGCCCAUUCCAAAGCAAACCCUGCUAAGCCCCACUGAAGACCACAGUGAGAGAACGACUAGAUUAACUGAAGAUAGUGAAAACAUCAGUCAGUCUCCCUUAAAAGAAAGUAAAUCAAGUAAUGCUGACCUUAAUACAGAAGAGCAACAACAGCUUGGUACAUUUGCAGAAUAUGAAGCUACAUGGAAAAUGCAGAAGAAGCUAGUGGAAAGAAUAACAACAGGCAGAUAUCAUUCAGCUGAAAACAUCCUGGACUCAGGCUUUGAGGAAUCCAACAGCAGAGUGUGUAUUCAUGAAAGAUCCUGUUCCUCCCCUUCUGCAGAAUUCUACGGACAGAAAACUCAUCUGCCACCCAGAAAGUUUCUUGUUGAAUCUCCGUCUGAUCCCAAGGACCAACAGGACAAACGUAUCCCUAGUGUAUCCGAAAAGGUGCAUGGUCCACCCAACAACUCCAAGCCUCUGAAGUCCUUCACACUGAAUUUUCUGAAAAGUGAUGCAGACCCCCUUUCCUCCAACCAGAAAUCCAGACUUGAUAAAAGGCAUUCUUCACCACUUUUCUCACAUCAUUUCCAGGUUCCAAUGUCAGAACAGCUGUUUCCUAAAAACAAAAGUCCUGAACCGCCAAGGUCUGCCCAACCCAGACAGCAGGAAACUACAUGCCCUUUCAGAGCCUCUCAGGAAGUUAGGAUUCAGACCAAUUCCCCUGAGCCAAAUCAGGGACCAUGUCCUUCAGAACAUCUGGAGAAAGACAAAAGCCCAACCGCUGCACCAGAGGACAAUCAGAGAUCAGACACCGAGGGGAUGUUAUCACACAGGCUUUGUCUUUUAGGUCAUUCCUCCAUUUCUUCCAAACAGAACGUUGACCUGACAGUAACCUCAGCCAACAGAAUGGGUUCUCCUUCUCUUCGGUUCCUUCUACAGAGGCUCACAGAUGAACCAUCUGCAACUGUGCAGAAAAGGGAUCCAUGCAGUAAUAAGAUGGAGGAAACAUCCAAGCCAAACACUUCUGGGUGGAAGGUCCCCAUACAGAUCAUAUGUACAGAAAAUAUUUCAGAGGGAGAAAACCGAAACUAUCCACCAUAUGGUGAAUCAUCUGGAGGUUAUGAGGUGCCUAAAACUGGCCAAUUAAAAAAACUAGAUUCUCCAGAGCAAUCGAAGUCGCCGUUUAUUGCCUACACCCGCCUUGAACCAAUCAGAAAUCUAGAACAUGAGACUGACAAGACGGUACUAGACAAUAAAGUGCAGGUGAGGAGCAAUGGGGUGGACGAACACUCAGAGGAGGACCUGAAGCGAGAAGAGCUGGCCAGAGAUAUCAUGGGGAUCGACAAGAGUCUGGUGGACAUCUUGGAUCAGAGUAACAUGAAGACAACCAUGGAUCUGAUGGAGGGGAUAUUUCCACAGGGGGAGCAGCUCUUGGAGGGAGCGCAGCCGAGGAGGAAAGCAGCCUCAAAACAGACAUCCCCUAAAAAUACACAGCAGAGGGUGGAGGACAAUUUGGCAUCAUCAGUGUCAUUAGUGAGCAGUUCGUCGUAUUAUAGCACAUCUGCACCUAAAGCAGAGCUGCUCAUAAAGAUGAAGGACAUGCAGGAACACAUGGAGGAACAGGAUUCAGAGGACGAACUUGAUUAUGACCUUUCCAACAAGAAGCAAGAGUUGAUUGACAGCCUAAGUAAGAAGCUUCAGGUGCUUCGAGAGGCUCGUGAAAGCCUGCAGGAAGAUGUGCAGGACAAUAACGUCCUGGGAGAGGAAGUGGAGGCCACUGUACUGACCGUAUGCAAACCCAACGAGCUGGAGAAGUUCUGCAUGUUCGUCGGCGACCUGGAGAAAGUGGUCAGUCUGCUGCUGUCGCUGUCCGGUCGAUUGGCUCGCGUGGAAAACGCCCUGAACAACCUGGAGGAGGGAAUAUCACUGGACGAGAAGCACACUUUGACUGAGAAGCGCAAACUGUUGAUUCGCCAGCAUGAAGACGCCAAAGAGCUGAAGGAGAACCUGGACCGAAGGGAACGUCUGGUUUAUGAGAUUCUGGCCAGUCACCUCAACGAAGAGCGUCUCGCAGACUACCAGCACUUCGUCAAAAUGAAGUCAGCGCUCAUCAUUGAGCAGCGUAAACUGGAGGAUAAGAUCAAACUGGGUGAAGAGCAGCUCAGAUGUCUGAAGGACAAUCUGUCGCUGGACCAGAGACUUCUGCACUGAACGCUGGACUGAAGUAUAUUAAGUGCAGCCUCUUGUUGGAAACUAGACUCUAAGCAGAAGUAUUUCAUACCUGCUUGUGUGCAUUGGUCAAGAAUUUCAACUCUGCUUUAAAAGUACUUUUCAAAUGUCAAUGUUUUUCUUUAGAUAACUUAACUUCAUAACAUUCCAAAGCAUAAUAUUGUAUGUUUCAUAUUAAAUAUCGUUUAACACUUAAUAACAUCAGAAAUCUAGUACUUUCUUACUUUUUCUCGAGUUAAGUAAUUCAAAGAUUUAUUUUAGGACAAGAACGUAGUACAUUUUUAAUGUUCUUCAGUAUUAAAGAUAAAAAACAACCACCUUUAUUUAUGAAGUAAAAGUACAGAUAUUUUUUAAUUUACACGAGAGUAAAAAUGCUUUGCGACUGUUCACUUCGUGCAUUGGAUAGAUUUAUUACCAUCAACACAAAAUCAUUAUUUUAUCAGUUCUGCGCUUUUCAUUGAUUCCAGUUUUCUUUAAAAUAGCAUUUUAAUCAAUUCAUGCUUUGAAUCAGCUUAUUGUCAGGGAUGUGCUGUGAAACAGUUUCUCCAGUUUUUUAAAGAAUCUUAUAAAGAUUAUAUUGCAAACGUUUAAUUUAUUAUACUGGUGCUCUUUACUGAUAGGAUAGAUCUGCUUAUCCUUGAAUAGAUCUCUUGUUUUCUCAUGUACUAUAAAUGUUUUCAACUUUCCUGUUGGUUUGUUUACAACAUCAUUAAAUAUCAAUCAUUAAUAUGAA